ACCUACGACGCCCUUAAACCCUGCCUGCGUUCCGGCCGAGAAACCAUUUGUCUUCCACAGCUGCUCCUGCGUUCCAUCCGAGGAUCAAUAUCUCCAAUCUCUUUUAUUUCUUCCGAGGAGAGGCUUAUCGGAGAAGAACCCUAAGUUUUUGGGGAAGAACAGCAGAGCACAUAAAAAAAACCAGAUCAUAACCCAUUUUUUCCGGAAGCUAUUUAAGCACUGAUGUCGCUGGACGGGAGCUUUCGUCUUGAAUACGAGCUGGAGAGGUUCGUCCGUAGGUGCCCCAAGCUUGCCAAGGUUCAUCUAUUCGUUAAUCUACUAAAGAAGGGUGAUAAGCUUACUGAAGAAGAAGUUGUAAAUGCACUAGGAGAAUUGGUGCUGCACCCGAGUUAUACUAUACCUUUGGCGGGAUGUUUUCGCCCAAUAGCACGUAAAAUUGUGGACAGGACAGUGGAGCUGCUUCGUUUAGUGCCAGACUUAAGGUCAGAUAAUGAUGAUUUGAUGACAGACUACGAUGAAGAAAGCUUUCUUAGAGAAGCUGAAGGUUAUGAUCAUGGGGAUGUUACACAUGUUGUUGAUGUUUACACAAGAAAUGGGAAGGGUUUGAGGCUUCACGAGCUUGCAUGUCUUGCAUUCUGUAGGGCACUCGAUUUGGUUCCGCAUUUGAAGGAGUCAAUUUUAAGUUAUUUUAGUUUUGCUCCACCCCCUUUCCAAAGAAUGAAUAAGAGCGAACCAUUCAGUGCAGAGUUUGCUAUGGGAGGAAUUUGUCAUGUAGAUAUUGUAAGAGUCUCGUACCGUUAUCUUCUCGCAGCAUCUGAUUUUGCCAUGUUAUGGAAUUGGUCCACUUUUCUUGACCUUGUGAAGAAGUAUUCUGAUCUCUAUGUGCAUAACAAUGAAGAGCUGAAGAGAAAUGUCUCUGAUAUAAGAUGGUGUGGGAAACAAAUAUUAUCGGUGGUUUUGAAUAUAAGUUCAAAUACAAGUUUGAACUCCGAAGAAGACCUUUUGUGUUUGCUGCGGUGGCAAGAAUUUUGUCAAGAUGUAUCCCUAGAAAAAGCAGGCAUGUAUACUGAACGUUCAAAUCACAAAGAUACAGCGUCUGUUGGUGAGAUCAUUAGGUUUGAUCAAGGUUAUUCUGUCCCUUCAGAGAGCUUUUGCUCUUUGAUUUCUACUUCUUCUGCAAUACAUGCACUGUCACAAUCAAAGGAGAGUACAAGGGGUGAUGGAAGACCCUUUACCCUGACUUCAGCUGUGAAGAAGAGUUAUGAGAUGGUCUUCUUGGCUGUGAGUCAGAGGUGGCCUGUUCUUUUGUAUGGUCCUGCUGGUGCAGGGAAAAGUGCACUUGUUGCAAGGCUGGCACAAGAUUAUGGGAGCCAAGUUCUGUCUAUACACAUGGAUGAGCAAAUCGAUGGCAGGACAUUGGUAGGGACUUAUGUUUGUGCUGAGCAGCCAGGUGAAUUUAGAUGGCAAUCUGGUUCUCUUACUCAGGCGGUUUUGAAUGGACUAUGGGUUGUAUUUGAGGAUGUGGAUAAAGCACCACCUGAUGUUCAAUCUAUCUUAUUGCCUUUAUUAGAGGGGUCAAGAUCAUUCUCUACUGGCCAUGGAGAGACAAUCAGUGUGAAUGAAGGCUUCCGGCUAUUUUCUACUGUCACAAGUUCAAAACUGGACAUAUAUGCGGAAGGCAAUAUUUCAGUGAGUGCAUUUUGGAGGAGAAUAAUGAUUGGUCUUCCUAGUGAAGAUGACUUGCUAAAUAUUGUGGAUGCAUGGUAUCCAAAACUAAACCCUAUUGCAGGAAAACUCAUAGAAACAUUCAAAGUUGUCAAUGAACUUUCAGCGUCUCAAAUUGGAACUAUUUCCUGGAGUACUCUUGGGCGAUUCUCAUUGAGAGAUCUCCUUAAAUGGUGCAAGAGAGUUGCAGGCCAUGUUUGGUUCUCCCACCAAGAUGGUCUCACUAUUGAUUCUCGUGAAACUAUCUGUAAAGAGGCAUCAGACAUUUUUGCAGCUUCGUUUUCUUCUGCUGAGAACCGGUUGGCCAUUAUGAAUGGGAUAAGAAAAGUGUGGUCAGUUAGUGGUGUAAGGACAUCAUGUCCUAUUAAUAAGCCUAUGUUUCAAGUCAUUUCACAAGAGAAAAAUCAAUCCAUGGCGUUAUAUGUAGGCCGAGUUGUCUUAGAGUGCUCCCGGAAAAAUCUCUGCCUUGACGAGAGACCUUUUGUUCAAAUUCACAAUUCAUUACAUAUUCUAGAGCAAAUAGCUUGUUCUGUGAAAUAUAAUGAGCCUGUUCUCUUGGUGGGUGAAACUGGCACGGGUAAAACUACCCUUGUACAGAGUCUGGCCACAAGGCUUGGCAAAAAACUUACAGUGCUGAACUUGAGUCAGCAAAGUGAUGUUGCUGAUUUAUUAGGUGGCUUCAAACCAAUAGAUGCACGGUUCAUAUGCUUUCCCCUGUACAAGGAGUUCGUGAAUCUUUUCACUAAGACGUUUUCAAUGAAGGAUAAUGAAGAAUUCCUUAAACGCUUAAGUAGCUUUGUGGAAGAUAGGAAUUGGAAGAAGUUAUUGGUUGGUUUUCAGAAUGGUGUUGACGUCAUUGAGAAAGAACGAGUGAAAACUGGUGCCAAACGGAGGAGGCCUUUGGAUGCAAAAAUUAAGGAGGAUUGGAGAAAUUUCUCUAACAAACUUAAAAAUGCACGUGCUCAAAUUCGUGCCUCAAGUGGAAUUAUAUUUUCAUUUGUAGAAGGAGCUUUUGUUACGGCUCUUAGGAAUGGUGACUGGAUAUUACUUGAUGAGGUGAACCUGGCUCCUCCAGAGAUCUUGCAGAGGAUUAUUGGUGUGCUUGAAGAAGAAAAUGGGUCACUUUGUUUGGCAGAGAAGGGGGAUAUAACCUAUAUAGAUAGAUGUUCAAGCUUUCGCAUAUUUGCGUGUAUGAAUCCUGCAACUGAUGCUGGAAAGAGAGAUUUGUCCUUCUCACUGAGGAGCCGAUUUUCAGAAUAUUUUGUUGAUGAUGUGUUGCAUGAUGAAGACUUAACAUUGUUUGUUAAUCAUUUUAUAGACGAAGAACAUUCAGAUACAGAAAUAGUUAGCAAGAUUGUACAGUUUUAUAAAGCAGUAAAAAAUGAAGCUGAAGAAAGGCUGCAAGACGGUGCUAACCAGAAACCCCAGUAUAGUCUAAGAUCACUUAGACGUGCUCUUGAAUAUAUUAAGAAGGCAAAGAGAAACUUUGGAUACCAAAAAUCUCUUUAUGAUGGCUUUUGUAUGUUUUUUCUGAUAUUGUUGGAUGAACCUAGUGCUAAGAUAAUCAACCAGUUUAUUUCUUCAUAUCUGUUGGACGGUAAAAUACCUCAGCAAAUCCCAUUUGAUGCUUACUUGAUUGAUAGGCGGGCUCGAACUGUUACAUCUGAUGAUUUAUUGGACAGCUAUGUCAUAACUAAGACUGUUGGGGAGCAUUUGCGGAACUUGGCUCGUACCAUAUUUAUUGGAAGAUAUCCUGUUCUUCUUCAGGGACCAACAUCUAGUGGAAAAACAAGCCUUGUCCAGUAUCUUGCAGCAUUGACUGGGCAUGAGUUUGUGCGCAUUAAUAACCAUGAACAUACUGAUCUUCAGGAGUAUCUGGGGUCCUAUAUUACUGAUGCUAGUGGGAAGCUUGUUUUCCAUGAAGGUGCACUUGUUAGGGCUGUGCGGAAUGGACACUGGGUAGUGUUGGAUGAACUUAACCUUGCCCCUUCUGAUGUUCUUGAAGCACUAAAUAGAUUGCUAGAUGAUUUCAGAGAGCUGUAUGUGCCUGAAUUGCGUGAAACUGUUCGUGUGCACCCAGAUUUUAUGCUAUUUGCCACCCAAAACCCACCAAAUAUUUAUGGUGGCCGCAAGGUUCUUUCCCGAGCAUUUCGCAACCGCUUUGUGGAAAUCCAUGUCGAUGAAAUUCCAGAAGAUGAAUUGAAAACUAUACUGGAGAAGAAGUGUAAACUUCCUCCCAGAUAUGCUAAAGAAAUGGUUGAUGUCAUGAAGGAACUGCAGCUGCAUAGGCAGAGUAGUAAAGUAUUUGCAGGAAAACAUGGAUUCAUAACUCCCCGUGACCUGUUUCGCUGGGCUAACCGGUUCAAGGAAUUUGGGAAAUCGUACGAGGAUUUAGCUCGUGAUGGUUACUAUUUGUUGGCUGAGAGGCUAAGAGAUGACAACGAGAGAUUUGUUGUUCGGGGAGUUCUGGAAAAGAAGUUUAAGGUCAAACUCUCUGAGGAUUUCAUCUACGAGCAGGAAGGAAGAUAUGGAAGAAAUGUUGAGGUUGGCGAGAAUCCAAAACUCUUUGAGAAAUUUGGGGAUAUUGUUUUCACUAAAAGUAUGGAAAGAUUGUACUUUCUCGUGGAGCGUUGCUACAAGUUGCGCGAGCCUGUCCUCCUUGUUGGUGAAACUGGUGGAGGGAAGACAACAAUUUGCCAAUUUCUCAGUAUCAUCUUGGGAUCCAAAUUACACAUCUUGAAUUGUCACCAGUUUACAGAAACAUCAGAUUUUCUUGGGGGUUUCUAUCCAGUAAGAGAGAGAUCAAGGAUUGCCAUUGACUUUAAAAAUCUAUGCGAGGAAUUGAUUGGAUCUAAGACUUUUGUCCACUUUCCUGGGGAUUCAAAAAUAUCUACAGAUAUCAAUCAAGCUUCCAUUAUUCUAGAUAAAAUAUCUAAGAUUAUUAGUAGUUAUAGGCAGGGUUUUGCUUCCCAUCCUGAUGUGACGGUGCAAGAGCUUGAUAUUAUCAAUAAUUUGAGUGUUAGAUUAGUUGAUCUAUAUCAUCAGUGGCAGACAAUCUUUAAGUGGAAAGAUGGACCUCUUAUUGAAGCAAUGAAGAAUGGGGAUCUAUUUCUGGUGGAUGAAAUUUCAUUGGCUGAUGAUAGUGUGCUUGAACGAUUAAAUAGUGUGUUGGAGCCAGAAAGGAAGCUGGCUUUAGCCGAGAAGGGAGGUUCUGAACUUGAGAAGAUAACUGCCCAUCCAGAUUUUUUCCUUUUAGCAACUAUGAAUCCUGGUGGUGAUUUUGGCAAGAAAGAACUAUCCCCUGCUCUUCGCAACAGAUUUACUGAGAUAUGGGUACCUCCUGUUAGUGGCUUGGAUGAGCUUAAACAUAUUGCUCUUAGGAGAAUUCCUAAUGCUCAGCUUUGUAGCUUCAUGGAUCUUAUGUUAAAUUUUUGGGAGUGGUUCAAUGGCUUGCAAACCGGAAGAAUGCUUACUGUCAGAGAUUUCUUAUCUUGGGCAUCUUUUAUAAAUGCAACUGGAGCAAGUUUACAACCAGAAUAUGCUUUUCUACAUGGGGCUUUUCUUAUUUUGCUUGAUGGUUUGAGUUUAGGCACUAGUAUUUCCAAGAAUGAGGCUGGUAGAUUGAGGGUGGAGUGUUUCCAAUUUCUUGUGGAGUUGCUGAAGGAUAUGAACUCUAAUUUUGGUAGCUCAAGUCUUGGCACACUGGAGAAUUAUGGUUUGUUUGACUCAGCUGCUAAGUCUGUUGUAUGCAUUGAUGACAUGCAAUGUGAUAGUCUCUUUGGUAUUCAUCCAUUCUAUAUUAAAAGAGGUGAUGAUCACAAAGAUGAAGCGAAGUUUGAUUUCCAUGCUCCAACAACUCGAAGAAAUGCAUUGCGGGUGCUACGUGCUAUGCAACUUCCUAAGCCUGUUCUGUUGGAAGGUAGCCCAGGUGUUGGGAAAACAAGCUUAGUUGUAGCUCUUGGCAAGUCUUCAGGCCAUACUGUUGUAAGAAUAAACUUAUCAGAGCAGACGGACAUAAUGGAUUUGUUGGGGUGUGAUUUACCCGUCGAAAGUGAUGUAGGGAUGCAAUUUGCAUGGUCUGAUGGAAUUCUUUUACAGGCACUAAAGAAAGGGCAUUGGGUUCUGCUCGAUGAACUCAAUCUUGCUCCGCAAUCUGUCCUGGAGGGAUUGAAUGCCAUCUUGGAUCAUCGAGCCGAAGUCUUCAUCCCAGAAUUAGGUCUUACCUUUAAGUGCCCAUCUUCCUUUAGAGUAUUUGCUUGUCAAAAUCCAUCGUCUCAGGGCGGAGGACGGAAAAGCAUGCCUAAAUCAUUUCUUAACCGGUUUACAAAGGUUUAUGUGGAUGAACUUGUUGAAGAUGAUUAUUUUGCCAUCUGCACUUCAGAAUAUCCUUCAAUACCACGUUCUAUACUUUCAAAUCUGGUCAUAUUUAAUAAAAGGUUGCAUGAGGACACAAUGUUGUUACACAAAUUUGGUCAAGAAGGUUCCCCUUGGGAGUUCAACCUGCGAGAUGUGCUACGUUCUUGUGAAAUAAUACAAAGUGAAUGUGGAAAAGAAAAGUCUGAUUGUUUUUUGAAUACGGUUUAUUUACAAAGGAUGCGGACACCUUCUGAUCGACUUCAAGUCAUGAAGCUCUUUGAAGCAGUAUUUCAAAUGAAGCCUUCUAUAAACCCGUACCCCAGGGUACAACUCAAUUCACAGUGCUUGAUUGUUGGCAAUGUCUCCCUCCAGAGAUAUCACCGCCAGUUCUCAUUCUAUGAGACAAAAGUUUUACCCCAGAUGCGCAAUAACCUGGAAGCGGUGGCACAUUGUGUAAAGAAACAGUGGCUGUGCAUAUUGGUUGGACCCCAGUCGUCUGGUAAAACUUCCUUAAUAAGGAAUCUUGCUCAGCUUACUGGAAAUUUAAUCAAUGAGUUAAACCUUUCAUCUGCUACUGAUAUAUCUGAGCUGCUUGGAAGCUUUGAACAAUAUAAUGUCAUCAGAAAAUAUCGCCUUGCCAUUUCUCAAGUUCAGGAUUAUGUGCUUGAGUAUUCUUCCAUGCAGUUAGGGUUAUCGCGUGAGGCAUCCUCACGAAGAAAUGAUCUUAUUGUUAUGUGGCUGGCCUUCAUGUCAACCAUCAAUCUUUUGCCUUCAACAAAAUGCAUAGAGUCCAUUCCUUCGUUGAUUCACAUCAUUGAAUAUCUAAAGUCAGAUCUGGACACUUAUUCAUUGCCUUUCUCCUGGCCAAUCAAAGAUCUGGAUGUUAUUCUCGAAACAAUUAAAAAAUGCAAUUACCACUUAAGAAGGAAAUUUGCAGCAAAGUUCGAGUGGGUACCUGGAGUUCUUGUAAAAGCUAUAGAAAAUGGAGAGUGGAUAGUUUUGAAGAAUGCAAAUCUAUGCAAUCCAACAGUUCUUGAUAGGAUUAACUCUUUGGUUGAGCUGUCUGGCUCUAUCACUAUUAAUGAAUGUGGAACUGUUGAUGGGAAGCCUGUCAUUCUUCAUCCCCAUCCUAGGUUUCGUAUGUUUCUCACAGUCAACCCCGCAUACGGCGAGGUAUCACGUGCAAUGCGAAACAGAGGUAUUGAAGUUUAUAUGAUGGAACCUAACUGGUUGCUGGAUAAAGGAAGCACAGAGCUGCUUGAUGUGACUGAGCUUGAAGAUGCAAGGAGAUUUCUUGUCCUUUCUGGUAUCCCUUUGGGUAGAUUGAUAGAUAUAAUGGCCCGCACACACAUCCAUGCUAAGAGUGAAGGUGCGCAGUAUAACCUGCGUAUCACACUUCUUGAACUCUCACGCUGGGUGGAGUUGUUUCAAAAACUACUCACAAAGGGCAAUGAGUUGUCUUGGAGCCUCCAAAUUAGUUGGGAACAUAUAUACAUUUCUUCUUUAGGCGAGGGUGUUGGAAGAAAGAUAGUAGAUUAUGCUAGACGAUCUCAUUUAUCAUUGGCUGAAUUAAACAAAUUUAAUUCACUGGAGGAUUGCCUGUUAUGCUGGCCGGGUGGAUGGCCUAACCCUUUGCAGAUGAAAGAUUUUAUUUAUUAUUCAGAGGGGUCAAGUGUGAAACAAAAUUGCAUGUAUUUGGAGUUUCUAGGGUAUCGAUCUGCUUGCAAAUCAUUUAGUUCUAUUUUGAGUCUUCAGCAAACUCUUCCGACUUCUCGCUCUGUCAGAUGUCAUUUUUUUGAUAUGAAGAGCUUACGUGCAUUUAUGUUUCCCGGGGAUUCAGAUCAUCUAGAUGUAUCCUAUUGUUCAAGGAAAGAUUUUAAUCUGGAAGUCGUUGAGAAAAUGUUACUGUAUGCUGCAAACUGGGCGUUUGAGCAGGCAACUGAAAGUGAUUAUAAGCUUUAUCUUAUAUAUUUCAGUUAUCUUGGUUCUGUAUUACAGGAGCAUGGUUGUUUCUUUAGUCGAUUUGUUGACUCAUUGCAAAAAGAACUAAAACACCCUGUUUGGAAAUUGAUCUUUAUGCUCCACCGUGUGAUAUCAUCACAAAACUCAGAUGCAGUAAACUUCAAUGCUUUGCGCUUCUUAUCAGAAGAACUUACUGAUUUAUGUCAGCCAGAAUAUGUAGUUAAUUCUCCUUGUGAACAACUCAAAAACGCUAUUAGCAGUGUGAACUUACUGAGGUUAAGCUAUCAGCAGUGGAACCGUGAAACUGGAUAUACACACGGUCAAAAAACCAAAAUCCUUGAACCCUUCUUUAGAUCCUUGCAGUUCUUGGAAAAUAAAGUUCUUCAGUUGUUUGGGAAGUCACCUGAAUUAUGUUUGAAACCGAUCAAUGGUGAAACAAUUGGCUCUUUAUACAGCGAUCUUCUUGAACAUCACAUUGUAUUUUGGAACAGUGUUGUUUCAUCUCAGAUAGAGUUCCCCGACAAUGUCAUGCUUAUUUCCUGGCGGCCCUUAAUGAAGGCUAUCACAAAGCUGCAGGAAGUUUUCCCCAACGAAGUAAAAAAUGUGAAGAGCGAGGCGUGGAAGAUGAAUACACACCCACAUUGGUCUUGUCCUUUGCAAAAACCUCUGCUGUGGGAUCUUGGCGGGCAUCCGUUUCAACCUUCUACUGCUGCAUUAUAUCAAAAGAGAUGUGACCUACUUAAUCUUUGUGAGCUAGUUUGGCCACGGAGGAGAAAACCUUUCAAGCUGGACGGAAACAAUGUGCCAACUGAAGCUGCAUUAUCUUCAAAUCCAGAACUUCGCAUGCUUGCCAUGCAGGGUGUGUGUAUGUCAUCAUAUUUAAUGGAAAAAACUGAUGAAGAAAAUCUCAAUGUUAUUGACCAGCUGGAAGACAUGUACCAGAUUCUUUCUAGAAGGUUGGAUUUGGAAAAGAUCAAGUUGGAAGAGAAUUCACAGUCCAUUCAGCCGGAUUUCCAGCAAUCCGAUUCAUCCACUUGCUGUGUUUUCACGCCUAAUUUGUUGACUGUGAAGUCUGGCAUUGAUUGCUGGCUGGAGACACUGCCUAUAGCUGAUGAUAUUUGUUUCAUUCUCAAUACAAGAUUGCUCCAGCAGCUUUCCCAGAUUGAUUCUAUAUAUGGCGUUGAACAACUUCAUGAUUUAACUGCAUUGGCUGGUUGCAUUGAGCAUUCUUUGAAAUUCUCACUGCAAUAUUCUCCACAUCCACCCACAGACUCUAUGGGUUAUCAAAAGAUCUUGUGGACACUGGAUGAUUGGGCAUCUGUGCCUGCAGCAAGUAAGAAGAUAUCAAGGUUCAUUCUUGAACUGUGGUUUUCAUGGCAUACUUCCCUGUGGAAUCCUUGCCAUGUUGUCAAUGAGAAUAUUUCCUGGGAUGAUAAAGAUGAUCUUCUACCUGACAGGCUUUUUAAGUCUGUGAAAAUGACAGCUGUUGAAAAAAUUCUGCAGGGUGCAUUUGCUGUUAAAGACUAUUCAAUGCACAGUCUGAAACUUAGAGCUUCAUCACACCAUCUCUGGCAUGGUUCCGCAGAUGUUUCAAUAACAAAGUUCCUUUUAACUGGUGCUCAGUGCCUGUUCGAACAGAUCAUAAAUGCUCACAGAACAUCCUUUGAAGCUGAAAAGUACAAUAACAUAAAGUCAUUCUUUCAUCCUACUCCUGGGAAGAUUAUCACGGAAAAUGACGUGAAGGGCGUGAUAUCACUCCUUGCGUCUUCGAAUCAUGAACAUUUUAAGUCAUUGCUAAGUCUCUUAAUUGAGCCACUGCUCCAUGUCCUCUAUCUACCAUGCUCAAGUGAUUUUGUACAUAAUCUGGGUUCUGCGUGGUUAUUGAUUGGUGGGCUACGAUACCGUCUUUUGAUUAGCUAUACACAUUUUGAUCCCACUUUAAAAUAUACUGUUAAGUACUCUCAACUGAUGCAAAAAAUUGCUUCUCUCGAGCUUGAAAAUGAGGUAAGAAGACAGUGUACUUAUUUAGCAGGGUCUUUGCAAUUGAGAGAAUAUGAUGAACAUACCAAGGCGCUAGAAGGACUCAAUGCUAAGCUGACGAAACUUCAAAAAAAGAUUGUAUUCCGCUCUGAUCCUGGGAAGUUCAAGAGCCUGAAAGAUGACUGUGACGACUUCCUUAAUUCGGUUCAGCAUCUUGUUAGCUCAAUUUCUGCUGCAAAAAAUCUUCACAUUGAUAAUAUAUCUGAUCUUCUCCAAAAUUGGCAGAAGACCUCUUCACACUUCAUUGAGCGACUGUCUGAGGAAUAUGCUGAUUACAUUGAUAUAAUUCAACCAUUACAAGCAUCAAUAUAUGAAAUGAAAUUAGGCUCCUCUCUGGUCUUUUCAAGUGCUUCAGGUAGAAAGUUACUUGAGCAACUGGGGAAACAAGAUAUGGAUUCUAUUCUGGGGACGAUAUAUUCCUUCAUGAGAUUCCCCAGGGGGUGUGCGCAAAAAUGUGCUUCCUACAAGGUUGAAACUAUGGCGUACAAGUUUUCUUGGAUUGAUAUUGAACUGCCUACAGUUAUCAACACUAUGGACUUGCAUUUUGUUGAAAAUCUUGUCACGACCAAAGAUCAUAGCAUUGCUGAUGGAAUGGUCUCAGCUUCUCUUUAUCACAAUAUUCUAAUUCGAGUGAUGCACUCUGCUGCUGAUGCACACUUUAUGGAUAACUCAUCAUUUGAACUUAUGGAGAAGAUAUUUGAUGAUUUUGCAAAGCGUUGGUUGCAUAUGAAACUGCAUUUAAGAAUGAAAGAGGAAGAAAACAAUGAUCAACUACUUAGGUUUCGAUCGCGCACACUAAAGAUAGAAUAUAUCCUUGAUAGUGAUAUAUCCAAUUUAGAAACUGCUGCUUCAAAUGAGAGUUUCUUAGAUUGGAAGGAAACGCUCUCUGGUGAUGAACACUGUGACAAUGCAAAAAUUGACAAGGAAUGUGAGACUCCAGAGGAUGAAUGGAACUCUGUUGAAGACUCCAUAGUAAAUGACAUGAUCCACAUUCAUAAUCAAAUCUUUGGCUCAACUGAUCUUUUUAAAAAUCCUGGAAAUAUUCAUGCAUCUGAUACAGACAGAUUAUCUUCUUUUGUUGACUCAUAUUCACUGGGCAUAAAAAUGAAGAAAGAUUUGAGUGGUUUGGUUUGCUCAUCUUUGGAUGCUAAGAUUAUUCCAGAACAAUUACUUCGCUUGUGUUUGGAGCAUAAAAAGAUGUUCAUUCCUCACUGUCAAUCAUUGCAUGCGUACAACUUUUAUAAGGAUUCAAAUAUGCCUGCAAUGGCGACCAUGGUGGAACCUCUAACUUCUCUUAAACAGAAAAUUCUUUUUCUUUUGAAUGAAUGGGAUGAUCAUCCUGCUCUUCAGAAGAUAGCUGAUGUUAUUGACAUGCUCUUGGCUAUUCCUCUGAGUGCCCCUCUGGCUAAGGCCCUCUCUGGCUUGCAUUUCUUGCUGAAUAGAGUCCACAUGUUAUGUCAGACGGUUUCCAAGUUUCCAUUGUCUGAUCAAAUGAAACCUAUUUUUAAUCUGGUAUCCUUGUGGCAUAAGCUGGAGUUUGAAUCCUGGCUUGCUUUACUCGAAGAAGUUCAAGCUCAGUUUGAGACAAACGCGUCAAAGUUGUGGUUACCAUUAUAUUCAGUUCUUCGGUCAAAAGAGUGUACUGAUACCAAUGCAUGUACUCCAUCCUUAAUAGAAAGCUUGGAGGCAUUUGUUCAGAUGUCAUGUAUUGGUGAUUUUAGGAAACGUCUUCAACUACUUGUUGCUUUUCAUGGACACUUGAGUACUUCUACAAAAAGAGGUGCUUGUUCAAGCUCUGAGGAGAUUGUGAAGGUUCUCUAUAAUAGCUUUGGCUAUUAUGUGCAGUUUUUGCCAAUGAUUUUGGACCACAUGGAUGCCAGUAAAAAAAAUAUUGAAAAGGAACUAAAGGAGCUUGUGAAACUGUGCCGAUGGGAACGGGUGGAGGACUAUGCUGCUGUAGAGAGCUUUGGGCGAACUCGGCAGAAACUCAGAAAACUUGUUCAGAAAUUUACUGAUUUACUUCAACAACCUGUUGUUUCAAUUAUCAACCAAGAAGUGAAAGGAAGGAGUCUUAAUUCCCAAGCCAUCCAAGACACACAAAUCUCAGUUGACUUAUAUGAGAGGAGCAAGAAUAUUCUUAAUGCACUAUGUGAUCAGAUUGAAUUCAUCAAGAACAGCCCUCCAUAUGACGCUUGUUGGUUGAAGGAAGUUGAGUAUGUUGUCCAAGAUCUACAUAUCAGCAGUAGAACAGAAAGUUGUUUCCCUGGCUUAUCUUGCAAGGGAAACAUGGAAGAAAUGAGAAGAAUCUUCAAUGUUAGUCUUCUAUCUCAGUUUUCACAGAUGUCUUGGUCUGGUAAUUGGGAUCAACUUUGGCAUGCAAUUGAUGAAAUAUGUAGAACUGUAUUUGGUUGUGCGGAGGUAUGGAGAGAGGAUGGAAAGAAACUGGGAAGAAGAAGAGUUUUCUCCGAUCUACUAAAGGUCUUGGAUGUGUGUGGUUUGUCUAAGCACAGAUCAACAUUAAAAAAGGGCCAACUAGAAGACAAUUCAUCGAUACACUGGCUUCUUCAGCCAUCCUUUGAAGUGCGGGACCUGCUCUUGGUGCAAUCUGGGCUUUCCUCUGCUGAUGCUGAAAUUCUCGUUCUUAGAGAGCUUCAUGCUUCUUCUGAUGAAAGUUUGAACUCCAAAUGGAAAUCUGCUAACCAGUACUAUUUCAAGAGCAUCAAAUCAAUGAAACUUUUGCAGAAUAUUAGUUUAAACUUUCAUAAGGAUUUUACUCUUGAACAGGUUGAGAGGUCAGGAUCUUAUAUUGACCAUCUUUUGACUAUUCAACAAGAACAGCGUGGAGUUGUCUAUGAUUUUGCCCGACAACUUAGACAUUUUAAGGAGUGCCGUUUACCUUUAGUCAACAUAUUCUCAAGCUCCCCUUUUUCUUCAGUUGAGAACACCGACAUUUGUUUGACCCAAAAUCAUUACAAAUCUUUCAAUUGCUUGUGGCAACAAAAGCAACUCUUUGAUAGCUUAUGGGCACUAUUACAUGAAGAGAGCCUGUUUUUACAAACAGUACUGGAUAACCAUUUGAGCUCUUGCACAAGUGUCAAACAUUCAGCAAUGGAAAUCCUUCUUUUCAUUGGAAAACAUAUUCCAGUUAUUAAAAAAUCUAAGGAUUUACUGGAUGAUCUUGUUCUUGGAGUUGAUAGAGCUACAACCACAACCGUAGGUGAGACGCCAUUGCAUCCAUGUGGCAUUACGGAUCACAUGGAGAACAUGUUAACUCAAAACUUUAAACUGGUAAAGUCCUUUGAGAAUGAAGUUCACACCUUCCGUAGUCAAGUUGUUGAAGGAGAUGCUGCAAUUGGAAAUACCCUGCUGGGACAUUUCAGUGAUAUAUUUGAGAAGGCCAACUUCAUUGCUGGACAGUUCAGUUCUGACUGUGAUUCUUCAGAAAAUAAAAUUUACUCCAACGAUCAUUUAGUAAAUAUCGCUGAUGCUGAAGAUCGUUUUGGUAUGUUGCUGUUGGAGACCUGCAAAUAUAUUAUGGAUGCUCUUCAUGCAAUGGGCUCAGUAGAGUUUGAUAUCCCUGAUAAGCUGAAUAUCUGUGUGUGGAAGGAGCUCUUGCAGUCAAAUAUUGCUAAACUACAGCUGGAUGUAAUUAGUGAUAGAUUACUUGAGACUAUCUGUCUUUCUAGAAAAAUAUUGAAUUAUUAUGGAAGCAGAAAUCCAAGCUCAACUUCGCUCAUUAGAUCACAUCUAAAACAUCUUUAUUUGUUGUCGAAUGCAAUCCUGGCUAUUGGUGAAGGCCUUCUGCACCGUUUCCUGAUGAUGCACACCAUGGUAUCUGUGAUGACCCAUGUCCUAGCAGAAGUUUUUUCAUCACUAUUUGUCAAUGGAUAUGGAUGUAAAGAAGACCAAACAAAUGAGUCUGGCCAGAGUGAUACUCAUGAUGCAAGUGGUACUGGCAUGGGUGAGGGCACUGGAUGUAAUGACAUUAGUGAUCAAAUAACUGAUGAAGAUCAGGUUCUUGGGGCUUCCAAUGAACCAAAUGAGCAACAAAAUAAUGCUCCAAAUGACAUGUCAAGUGCAAAAGACAAGGGCAUUGAGAUGGAAGAUGAUUUUAUAGCUGAAACAUGUAGUGUCAGUGAAGAUUCUGUUGAUGAUGAGGAUGGCACUGAAGAGGAUGGGGAAUUAGAUUCUGCUAUGGGACCGACUGGCGAUCACAGUGAAAAAGUUGAUGAGAAACCUUGGGAUGGGGAAGGAAAUGAAGAUAAUGAUAGCAUAGAUGAGAAGUAUAAGUCUGGGCAAUCAGUAAAAGAUAAAGGAGAUGAGCAGGAACUACAAGCUAAAGAUGAUACUGUUGCUUAUGAUGAUGAAAAAGAAACAGAAGGCCCCGAUCCUGGGGAAUUUGGGAAACAACAUGAUGAAAAUGGGAAUGAAGGCUUUGACGAUGAAACCGAAGACAUGAAUUUAGAUGAAGAAAAUGCACAUGUGGAUCCGACAGAUUUGAAACUUGAUGAACAAGAUCCAGGUCAAGUAGGUGAUAGUGGUGCUUUGGACCCAUCAGAAGAGGUUGAAUGCAUGGAGGAAGAAGAUACAAAUCCAGAUGACUCUGUUAAAGGUGAGAAUGAAGAGGAGACAACAAACUCAAUGGAUGAUACUCCGGGAGAAACAAAUGACAAACAAAUGUAUGAAAAAAUGUCUGGGGAGGGUCAAGAGGGGGAUAGCCAUCAUGAUAGUUGCACGAACGAGGAACUACUGGAUCCAAAGAGAGACAGAAUUCAGCCCAAGGCUUCUCCUUUUCCGGCUCAAUCUUCGGGGAAUGGUCGAAUUGGUUUAGGACUACCAGAUAUAGUCAAAGACUCUAAUGGUGAAAAUUCCAAUAACAGUGUGGAAGAGACAGACCAGUCUAAUGGCAGUGGACUAGAGCAUAAGCUUGAUCCUGGGAGAGGCUUUAAUGAUAAAGAUCAGGAUAUCAUGGUGGCUGACUCAUCCAAUGGCGAUAAGUUAAGUGGUUAUAAACAUGAAACUCCAGUCCCUCAAGUUAACAAUCUAUCACUUAAUGGGAGUCAACCAAAUCCAUGUCGUAAUGUUGGGGAUGCACUUGAUGCCUGGAAAGAAAGAGUGAAUGUCUCUAUUGACAUUGAGGAUAACUUACAGAGUGCAGAUGACUUUGUAGAUAAUGAUGCAAAAGAAUAUGGAUAUACUGCUGAAUUUGAUAAGGGGACAGCCCAAGCAAUUGGGCCAGCAACCACUGACCAGAUUGAUAGAAAUGUGAGGGGAAAUGAUGUUGAAGGAGAUGAUGCUGGAAUGAAUGAAAAAAACAAAUAUGCUAAUGAACUGGAUCUUGAUAAGCUUCAACGACAUUCUCAACCUGUUGUCAGUUCUGCUUCAAAGUUCAACAAUGAUAUAGAAAUGCAAUUGGAGAAGUCAGAAGCAGACAAACAACUUGAACAAUCUGCUGCAGAGGAUCACGGUUAUGGUGGUGAUGACCCAAGUAGUUCAUCAUUGGAUAUGGUUUCCGUGGUGAGAAAUUAUUUAAGUGAGGAUAUAAAUCAACUCAGCAAUCUUUCCGUGACUGAUGAUGACUUGGGUAGGGCUUCCAACCUUGCAGAAGAAGCAACAUGUGACUUGAGUGAUGCUGCUUCUCUUUGGAGAAUGUAUGAACUUCGCACUACAAGGCUUUCUCAGGAGUUAGCUGAACAGUUACGUUUGAUAAUGGAGCCCACUAUAGCUAGCAAGCUGCAAGGGGAUUACAGAACUGGCAAAAGGAUAAAUAUGAAAAAAGUAAUUACCUAUAUUGCAAGUCAUUAUCGAAAUGAUAAGAUAUGGCUGCGCCGUACAAAGCCAAACAAACGUGAUUAUCAAGUUGUCGUUGCUGUGGAUGAUUCUGAAAGCAUGUCUGAAUCCCGUUGUGGGUGUGUUGCUAUUGAAGCUUUGGUGACAGUCUGUCGUGCUAUGUCUCAGUUGGAGGUGGGCAAAUUGGCUGUCACAAGCUUUGGGAAAAAGGGGAAUAUCCGGUUGUUGCAUGAUUUCGACCAACCUUUUACUGCGGAUGCUGGGAUUAAGAUGAUUUCAAGUUUUACAUUCAAGCAAGGAAACUCAAUAGCCGAAGAACCAAUGGGUGAUCUAGUGAAGUAUUUAAACAAUAUGCUUGAUGAAGCUGUCCUUAGUGCAAGGCUGCCAGCUGGAGAUAGUCCUCUCCAGCAACUUGUUUUGAUAAUAGCAGAUGGUCGAUUUCAUGAGAAUCCGGAAAAAUUGAAGUGGCGUGUUAGAGACCUGAUGAAUAAAAAGCGCUUAGUUGCAUUUCUGCUGCUAGAUGACCCUAAUGCUUCCAUCUUGGACCUCGGGGACGUCACAUUCCCAGGAGGUGUCUAUAAGUGGAACAAGUACAUGGACUCGUUUCCCUUCCCGUAUUAUUUGGUGUUGAAGGACAUAGCGUCCCUUCCUAGGACACUAGCCGAUUUGUUGAGACAGUGGUUCGAGCUGAUGCAGUCCUCAAGAGACUAACCACGGUUGUAGUUGUCGACAUUUUUGUUAGGGGAAACUAUCCUGGUGCCUCCAGAAUUUUUGGGGAGCCUGUCUGAGCAGCAGGUGAAUUCUUUAUUAGGGACCUGUCUUUACUGAUAGUAAAUAUUUUUUUCUGUCCCUAAGCGAUACAAUAGUUAUUAUCAAAUGUUAAUGGUACCCAGGAAAUCACUCAUUAAUGAUUAAUUAAUUAAUAGCUGAUGGCUUU